AUUAUUGAAGCCAACCCCUAGGCAUAUCGAAUAACCACUGCCAGAUUCCUUCGCCCCUGAAGAGACAAAGCCUCACAAAUUAAUAACAAGGAGAUUAAAAAAGAUCAAAUUUCGCCAUGGCUAGCCAGUCUUCAAACACACCCGGGCUACAUGAAGUCCAACCAACUACUCAAUCCGACGACUAUAUAUCUCGAAUGGGCUCUCUCACUCUCCUCGAUACUGAGCCAACGUCCCGUCCUAACCCACAUUAUUAUACCAUGGUCACAGUACCCAACCGACCUCACUGUGCGUGCAUUCAAUGCGAGUGUCCUGAUCUCGCGCGGAUCCCUACAGUAUACGUCAGCAACUCCGGUCACACCUCUGCCGAGCCACAGCCUACUUUUUGCCUCAGAUGCGAGAGGGUUGAGUUAUGGGGCAAGAAUGAACCCUCAUACAAAGGAUGCAAAUGCGAGUGUCGAUGCCGGCUUCAGCGUGUGGAUGGCGAGCUGCAGUGUGGCGACUGCCUCGUGGCCAACCAGGAGAACCCUCACCGCCAUCGGCCUCAUGGAAAGGCGUAGUGAGUCAAAACUAUAAAGGGUUGGGGGCGCGGUUGAUUAUAUCCUGUAACCUUAACCCUUGGACAUGUUUUAGGAGGGCGGAGGAUUAUACGAAUUUUUAAUCAUCAUAUUCAUCAUAGCGGGAAUGCUUUCAUAUUUCGAACCGGUUUCGGGACGAAACGGUCAUACAAGUCGACGACUUACAGCAUGUUCUAGCAGCUUGUAUUAAGACAUCAUAUGAUACACUUUCUUAUGUUGCCUACAAUAAAGCUUGUUCUCAUCUCUAUUAAUAACUUACUAUCGAUUCAGUAAUAUAAUAUGAUUGAGUUGAUAUUAUUUAAAA